AGUGUUGUGGUCACGAAGUGGAAGGCUCCCUUUAUUCGGCGUUAAGAACGUAUGCAGCCACUGAGUGACUGAUGAGCGGUUAGCAGACGAGAGAGCGCCAGACGCUCGUGGGACACCGUCGGGAACACAAGGGCUGAUCGUGUAAUAAAGUAUUGUGUAUUGUUUAUUACGUGUUCGGUGUAAAUAUAAACUGUGUAUACUCUCGGCCAUCCGAACACAACAGUGGCGACGAGGAAAACAAAAUAGACUUUUGGGAGUUUUUUCGAGUAAAGUUUACGUGUUAUGCGUGUGUCAGUCAUUGCUAUAACUCUCGUGCUAGCGUCGCGCGUGUGUAUGUGCGUCGCGUGAUCGUACCGCGUCUCGGGUCGUAUUUAAUUUGUUUUAUCGGGUGUUCUGUGCGUACUGCAACAAUUCCUUCGUUACGGAAGCGGAGAAGAAUGAACAGCCCAGGAGAUCAGCCCCCAUCGGAAGAGCAGCGUCGAGCAUCGCAAAAUUGGUACAGCGUUCCCGGUGCAGCAAGUAUGCCGCAGCAGCCGCAGCAGCCAUCAUUAGUAGCAGUGCCACCAAAUCUACAAAGUGCAAUGCCCUCAGCAUACCAGAAUCCAGCGCCAUCGCAGAAUUUUGUUGAAGGGUCAUCGCACCAAGCAGCGUCAUCGCACCAAGCAACGUCAUCGCACCAAGCAGCGUCAUCGGAGCAAAUGAUGCAACUGAUCAUUUUAAUGCAGAAACAGAUAAGCCAACUCACAUUAAUGCAAAACAAUUCGGCAACUGCCAAGCCCCCAGAAAAUGUAUUAACUUCCGCACCUUUUGCAGAGCAAGUACUCGAUUCUUUAUCGCACCACAUAAAGGAGUUCCACUACGAGGAGGAAGCAAAAAUGACCUUUGCUUCGUGGUUUGCUCGAUAUGAGGAUUUGUUUGAACGAGAUGCUUCAAGGCUGGAUGAUAGCGCAAAAGUGCGGCUCCUCAUAAGAAAACUGGGCGCAGCAGAAUAUGAAAGAUAUGCCAAUUUCAUAUUGCCAAAGAGUUGUCGUGAUUUUUCGUUCAGCGAAACGAUAAAAAAGCUGUCAUCGUUAUUCGGAGUGAAAGAGUCAUUGUUGCAUAGGCGUUAUAAAUGCUUGAACCUAAUGAAACGACGUAGCGAAGAUUAUCUGGCAUAUUCUUGUCGUGUGAAUCGAGCCUGUGUAGAUUUUGAAAUUGGAAAAUUAACUGAAGAACAGUUCAAGUGUCUGAUAUACGUAUGCGGACUGCGGGACGAAGAAGACGUCGAGAUUCGAACACGUCUACUUGGAAAGAUCGACGACCGAAACGACACAACACUGGAAAGUUUAACAGCAGACUGCCAGCGUAUUUUGAACUUAAAAAAAGACAGUGCUAUGAUCGAGAAAGCAGCAACCGAGCAAGUUUUCGCCGUGCAAAAGAAAACUGACGAACCAAAGUUUUCUGAGCGCCAAAAUUUCCAGAGCAGAAAGCACGAAUAUAAGCGUCCUCAAACCCUACCUGGAAGAAAUUGCUGGCUUUGUGGAAAAAAUCAUUGGGCGCGUGAUUGUCCUUUUAAGUCGAAUGUGUGUCGUGUCUGUAAGAAAAAGGGUCAUAGAGACGGUUACUGUCCAAAACCGAAACGUUAUUCAGAUAGCCCAACAUACAGAAACAAGUUUUCAUCACGAGUGGUUUCGGUGAAUACAACUAAUGUUCAGCAAAGGCGAAAAUAUAUCAAUAUUUUUAUAAAUAAUGUAAGCACUCGAUUGCAGUUCGACACAGGAUCUGAUAUAACGAUCAUUAAUCGAAACGUAUGGCAACGUCUUGGAAAGCCUGAACUAAAACGAACAGUUAGCGCAAGAACAGCAUCAGGAAGCGGACUCUUUCUGUUAGGAGAGUUUGAAGCGAAUGUUACCAUCGGAAGCGUAACUCAUGUGGCUACUUUAAGAGUAGCACAGGCAGACAUACUAUUGCUCGGAACAGACUUAAUAGACCUGUUCGCACUUGGUUCUACCCCCAUGGAUGCUUUUUGUAGGCAUAUUUCAUCUGAGGAUUACUCUAAGACGGUUGAGCGGAGAUUUCAAGAGGUCUUCAACGGCAUGGGUCUGUGCACAAAGGCUAGUGUAAAACUGCAGCUGAAGGAAAACGUUCGUCCAGUAUUUUGCCCAAAGCGACCGGUAGCUUAUGCAGUACAGGAGUUAGUCGACAAGGAACUCGAUCGACUAGAGCAGAUGAGCAUAAUAUCUCCAACGGAUUACUCUGAAUGGGCAGCACCUAUCGUCGUCGUCCGCAAGGCAAACGGCAGCAUUCGGCUUUGCGGGGACUACUCAACUGGACUAAACGACGCGUUGCAGCAACAUGAGUAUCCUUUACCAUUACCUGAAGAUAUCUUCGCUAGACUAUCGCAAUGCAAAAUAUUUAGCAAAAUUGAUCUAUCCGAUGCUUUCUUACAGGUAGAAAUCGACCCUGCCUACCGAUCUUUACUCACCAUCAAUACGCAUCGAGGUUUAUUCACCUACAAUAGAUUGCCGCCUGGUAUUAAGAUUGCUCCAGCAGCGUUCCAGCAGCUUAUCGACACAAUGCUGGCUGGUGUAAAAGGAGUGUCAUGUUACAUGGACGACAUCAUUGUCGGAGGAGCCACUGAACAAGAGCAUGAAGCGAAUUUAAUGGCAGUUUUGAAAAGAAUUCAAGAGUAUGGAUUCAGCAUUCGAUCGGAAAAAUGCGCUUUUAAGGUUCAGCAACUAAGAUAUUUGGGUUACAUCAUCGACACCCACGGAUUGCGCCCCGAUCCAGCGAAGAUCGAUGUCAUAAAAAGGCUUCCUGAACCAACAGAUGUGAGCGGCGUCCGAUCCUUUCUAGGAGCCAUAAAUUAUUAUGCCAGAUUUGUCCCAAACAUGAGAGAGUUGCGAUAUCCACUGGAUAACUUAUUGAAAACAAAUGCACAGUUUCGAUGGACCGCCGAUUGUAAAAGAGCGUUUGAAAGAUUUAAAUCCCUGCUAUCAUCGAACUUGUUGUUAACGCAUUAUGAUCCAAGGCAUAAAAUAAUAGUAUCGGCAGAUGCAUCAUCAAUAGGUAUUGGUGCCACUAUUAGCCACAUGUUUCCCAAUGGUACCAUACGUGUGGUUCAACAUGCCUCUAGAGCACUUACAAAAACAGAAGAAGGAUAUAGUCAAAUAGAUCGUGAAGGACUGGCAAUCAUCUUCGCGGUAACGAAAUUCCACAAGAUGAUAUUUGGAAGGCGUUUCCAGCUUCAGACAGAUCAUCGUCCACUACUGCGGAUCUUUGGGUCGAAAAAAGGGAUCCCAGUCUACACUGCCAACCGCUUGCAGCGUUUUGCGCUCACGCUAUUGUCAUACGAUUUCGGCAUUGAAUAUGUACGCACCGAAUCAUUCGGAAAUGCCGAUGUACUCUCCAGGCUAAUUAACAAGCAUGAUAAACCGGAUGAGGAUUGUGUAAUCGCUUCUGUUGCACUAGAGAUGGAUGUAAAGUCUAUUGCAACAAGCGCUUUAGUUACGUUUCCCUUGAGUUUUAGAGAGGUCGCUCGAGAAACGAAUCGUGAUCCUAUAGCAAGGAAGUUGCAUUACUACAUAAAAAACGGUUGGCCACGUAACAUUGCCCUUGGCGCAGAUUCAUCUCGUUAUCACAGCAGGAAGGAAGACUAUUCAACGGUGGAAGGAUGUAUUUUGGUCGGAGAGAGAGUGUUAAUACCAGAGAAACUACGCAAGCAAUGUCUGUCCCAGCUUCAUCGAGGACAUCCUGGUAUCCAGCGCAUGAAGGCGAUUGCGCGUAGCUAUGUGUUUUGGCCGUCGUUAAAUGAAGACAUCAUUGAUCUCGUCAGUAAUUGCCAUUCAUGUGCUCUGGCAGCAAAAUCUCCUGCUCAUGCUGAUCCUUUGCCGUGGCCGAAGACAACAACGCCAUGGGAGCGUGUCCAUGUGGACUACGCGGGCCCAAUAGAUGGAGACUAUUUUUUGGUAGUAGUCGAUGCGCAUACUAAGUGGCCAGAGAUCAUCCGGACGGCUAGUAUCACAGCCCGUAUAACCGUUAGCAUCUUGAGAGGGUUGUUCGCGCGUUUCGGUAUGCCAACGACACUGGUGAGCGACAAUGGCACACAAUUCACCAGCGGUGAGUUUUCAGAGUUCUGUUUGAGUAAUGGUGUGCAUCACAUUACGUCUGCCCCGUUUCAUCCGCAAUCGAACGGGCAGGCAGAAAGAUUCGUAGAUACGUUUAAGCGCUCGUUAACCAAGAUAAGAGUAGGAGGAGCACCGCUGCAGGAAGCACUGGACCUAUUCCUACAGACAUAUCGAACCACGCCAAACCCUCAGUUAGAGCAAAACAAAACACCUGCUGAAGUUAUGUUUGGACGACCUAUACGAACGUGUUUUGAUUUACUCCGUCCCCCAAGGAAAAUUCAACAUGACUUUAGAGAAGGGAAUGAAAGAUCGUUCGAGCGUGAUGACCUUGUCUAUGCUAAGGCGUAUAGUAGGAACAAUUGGCAUUGGGUUCCAGGAAGAGUGAUUCGGAAACGUGGAAAUGUUACCUACGAGGUACUGACUGGUCAUCGCAGCGUCAUUAGACACAUUAAUCAACUGAAAAGGCGUGGACCAUUCAGCAGCCCGGGUCCCAUGACGGAACGUUUCAAUCCAUUACCGUUGGAUGUAUUAUUGGAUUCCUGGAGCAUACCCGUUACACCAUCAGUGCUCCCAGAUGUGUAUCCAACACAACUUGCACCGCCAGUGGCGACUCCAACUGAGCCGCCAUCUCUUCCCCCACAUCGAUCCAUUCCUCAGCAUCAACGUUCACCACGUCGCUCUUCUCGGUCUAGAAGAGCUCCACGUCGGUUCGAUCCGUACUUACGCUAUUAAAAAGGGGGAGAUGUUGUGGUCACGAAGUGGAAGGCUCCCUUUAUUCGGCGUUAAGAACGUAUGCAGCCACUGAGUGACUGAUGAGCGGUUAGCAGACGAGAGAGCGCCAGACGCUCGUGGGACACCGUCGGGAACACAAGGGCUGAUCGUGUAAUAAAGUAUUGUGUAUUGUUUAUUA